CGGCUGGUGCCCUGCUCGGCUUUACAAUGAUACUCUGGUGUGUCAUCGGUGUGAUGGCAGUCUUAUUGACGGUCAGGGGGCAGCCUCUCCUGCAAGGAUCCUGCAAUUUUGAACAGGGUACAUGUGGAUAUUCAUCCGAUCCUGCCUACGGAAACUGGACCAUGAACGAGGAAGGCCGUUUCAUCGCAGUGGACUCGGGGCGGGCGGUUCUGGAGAGCCCGGACCUGGAGCUGCUGGACUGGACCUGCCUGAGGCUGGUAUACCAGAUCACCGGGUCCGGGUCGCUUCACCUGCACCUGCGCCCGGAGGAUGAGAACUUCGACUACGCCCUGUGGAGUUCCUCCAUGCCCUCCGACAGCUGGGUCAUCGCCAGCGUGGACCUGCGCAACACAACCUCAUCAUAUAAGAUAUUAAUGGAAGGCGGACCUGGAAGCGGAGCAGGCAACAGCGUGGCCAUAUUUGAAAUUCACAUCGUACCUGGAUACUGCAUAGAGUGUAACUUUGAGGAACACCACCUUUGUGGAUACAGUAAUCAGUGGAACCCCAACGUGAACUGGUACGUGGGGGGGAACAUCGCCAGAGACCCCCAGUCCAACCUGCCCGAUGACCACACCAUGAACAACGAUAGAGGCCACUACAUGUACGUCAACUCAAUCUAUGCCAAGAAGUUCCAGGAAGUGGCCAAGUUGUCGUCGCCCAUGACGACCACGCCGAUGGUGGGGUGCUUGGCCUUUUACUAUCAGAGGGACCAGGAGCGCGGGAACCUCUUCUCCGUUUUCACCAAGGACCAGCUGGGUCACUACGAGGAGAUCUGGAGGCCCGAGGUGUAUGCCACCUCCCACUGGAAGCUGGUCCAGGUGGACAUCAAAGCCCCCCACCCUCUGGAGGUGGUGUUUGAAGUGGCUUUCAACAGCCCGAGAGGAGGGUUCGUGGCUCUGGACGACAUCUCCUUCUCCCCGGAGUUCUGUGACACAGAGACAGAGCCGACCUUUGACCCCACUAUCGCCAACUGCGACUUUGAGGAGGGGUUUUGCCGGUACUACCAGGAGCGGGCGGAGGGGUCGGUAUGGAGCAGGGUUUCAGUGAAACCCAACGUCUACAGGAUAGGUGACCACACCUCGGGAACAGGGUUCUUCCUCAUGGCGAACACGCGCUUCACGUCCCGGCCGGGGUACGUGGGGCGUCUCCACGGGCCCAUCCUGCCGGAGAACCUCAGGUACUGCCUGCGCUUCCACUACGCCCUCCACGGCUUCCGGAAGGUGGACAACGCCCUGGCCGUCUACGUCUACGACGACAACAACGUGGCGCAGGAGAAGGUGUGGUCGCUCUCCGACGCGUCCCGAGACAUCUGGAUCGAGGUGGACAUCACAUACCAGAAACCCAUGCCCACAAAGGUGGUGUUUGUCAGCAUAUGUAAGAACUUCUGGGACUGUGGACUGGUGGCCCUAGAUGAUGUCACUGUGAACGUCGGGGACUGCCGUGUCGCUGCAGGGAUGGCACGGUCUCUCCCGGGGCAGUGCGACUUCGAGUUUGGCAACUGCGGCUACACCCAGGUCAAGAAGGGUGACAUGGGCGACUGGUUACGCAUUAGAGGCCACACCCCGACCUCCUACACUGGGCCGAAGGGGGACCACACCACAGGGGUAGGGUACUACAUGUACUUGGAGGCGUCCCACAUGUUGACGGGCCACAGCGCGCGGUUGCUAAGCAGCGAGCUGCGGGGGUCAGCGGUGCCCCAGUGCCUGCUGUUCUACUACCACAUGUACGGCUCCGGGACAGGCCAGCUGAGCCUGUUCCUGUGGCGGGAGGAGGGCGGACACCACCCCCGCGAAUCCCUACUGUGGAGGCGCCAGGGGGAGCAGAGCAUCUCCUGGAUGCUGGGCAUGGUGGACUACACCUGCGAGGACCGCCACCAGAUCGUAUUCGAAGCUAUCCGGGGACCGUCGAUAAGAAGCGAUAUUGCGAUCGAUGACGUCGUGUUUAAAAAGGGACCGUGCGCAGAUCCCGGUGACAGCACUCCAUACUCUGGCUUCUCAGAAAAUUUCAACGAAAUUGAGUAUUGAGCACUUGAGUGAGUGUGUGUGUUGGUUUGCUUGUGUACAUGUGUGGUGU